AUGCAGGAUGAUCCCGAGCAGCUCGCAAACAGCGAGGUUGCCUUGCCCCUUCUGGAGCUUGCAAUCCAACAAAUGAAAGUGCUGCCGGAUGACGAUGACACCACGGACGCUUGUUCCAAGGCCAGGUCGCGGGUGAACCGCUGGGCCAUUUUGGAGAGGGGGGAUCUCCCAACCAGGUUUUUCAGGACCCCUCGCAAGGACGACGACGUUGGAGAUAUCGCGAACGAGGACUCCGAUGACGAGGUCCCGGAGACCCUCGCCCCUGGCGUUGGCGGUGACGUGGACAGCGAGACCGAUGAUGGCGUAGACGCCGAUGGCGACGGCGUGGACGCAAUGGCCGUCGACGCCGUCUAG